AUGUCAAACUAUGUUGGUGAUCUCAAAAUUAAGAUUCAAACUUUGCUUAACAACAAUUUUGACUAUAAAUUGGAAUUUCAAAUCAUUGAUAAGUGUUUCAAGAUUUCAACAUUCGAUCCUUUUAAAGUCAGAAAUGGUUCAUGGAUUUACUUGAGUUAUGUUACAAGUUUUUGGGUUUUCUUCAUAUUGAUUACUUUGAAGAAUAUUUUUGUUGAUUUUUCGGGUGAUAAUGCGAAACAAGUUUCAUCUAUGGUUGGAGCUUUUAUGUGGAUUCAGAAUGCUGUAAAGUUUUUAGUUUUUUGUUUCUGCAACAAAGAACUUUUGAUGUUGAAAAAAAUGAUUCUCGAUGAUGGCAAGGAACGUUGUAGUGACAUUGAAAGAAAAUAUCGGAGAAACAAUCGAAUUUUAUGUUAUUGCUUAUAUAUUCCUUAA